UAGUGCGACCUCAUUAGUGUUCCGGGUGGUUUGCGUGAUGGCGGUGCCUGCAGGAAGGUAUGUGGUGUUCGUGACUGGAAAUGCGAAAAAACUGGAAGAGGUCAUCCAGAUCCUCGGAGACACGUUUCCCUACAAACUGGUGUCCAGAAAGAUUGACUUGCCGGAGUACCAAGGAGAGCCCGAUGACAUCUCCAUACAGAAGUGUAAGGAGGCCGCUCGGCAGGUGGACGGGCCGGUCAUAGUGGAGGACACCUGUCUGUGUUUCAAGGCUCUGGGGGGGCUGCCAGGUCCGUACAUAAAAUGGUUCCUGGAUAAACUGCAGCCAGAAGGUUUGCACAAACUGCUGGCCGGGUUUGAGGAUAAAUCAGCGUGGGCUCUCUGCACUUUUGCAUUCUCUGCUGGGAAAGAUGAACCAGUGGAGCUGUUCAGAGGGGAAACACAGGGGAAAAUAGUGGAUCCCAGGGGCCCUCGAGACUUUGGAUGGGAUCCCUGUUUCCAGCCAAACGGAUACGACAAAACCUACGCUGAACUGCCCAAAGAAGUGAAGAACAGUAUCUCUCACCGCUACCGAGCACUGGCUGCCAUGUCUGAACACUUCAGGCAAACCAACAACACCUCACCGCAGAACAAGAAGAAGAAACAGGAGGACUGAUGGAAUGUUCUCAAUCUGGAGCAUCAAACCUCUCGCUCAGAUCUGAUCAUGUAGAUUUACUCCUUUUUUAAUGUGGGCCAGAUUGUGACCUGUUGUUUCUGUGCAGCAGAAAAAGUGGAUUAAUAAAGCUUUUCUGUAUUUUUUAAUAA